GUGACUUCGUCGCGUCCAUCAGCGAGCGCGUAUAAGAGGGCACUGUUCUCAGCGACGAUCUCCUAUUAGUGGGACUAAUCAGCAUCUUUCAAAUAGAUACGAUAUGCCACAGCAGCCACGCAUUCGUGUUGUUGUGCAGCUUCCUUACAACCGUCCUGAUAACCCACUUCCCGAUCCUCCCCAUAUUGAAUGGAAUGCAGAGAAGGCUAAUGUUUUAUGGGAGGUUAUCGCACUUUCUCGGACGAGCGAUAACGGUGGCACAGAUUGGAAAGGUCUCGCAGCACAUCUGGAAGUGCCACUUCCGUAUCUACUUUAUCGUGCACAGGCUCGAUACGAAGAUGAUCUCCGAGGACUGCAAGGCUUCCACGCUGGGAACCAGCCCGCCACCAAGUCCACAGAGGUAACACCUGUCCUCCCAGACCGUCCCCUCUCCAUUAAGAUUCCUGCUGCACGCUUCAACUCCAUCAAUAGCGCCCGUAGGCUUUCUACUUCCAGAUUAGCAACGCCUCUUGGCGUCCGUGCACGGCUCAACUCCCUCACCCAACACAACUCUGUCCAAUCACCUGCCAAAUGCAAGAAAACAUCAUCCUCGUCAACGUCUACUCUUCAGGGAACUCAAGUCAAGAGACCCCUGCGCCUACCCUCUCCGUUCUCAUCUGACGAGAGCGAUUCCGAGGAUGAGCAGGCUGCGAAGGAAGAAGAAGCAGACCGUGCGGCAGAGGAAGAAGAAGCCUUGUCACGCAAACUUGCAAGCCUGAAGCGUAUGAUGACGAGCGAGGCUUUGGCCUUGUUAGCUCGCCACUAUCCCCUGAGAAAGGCAAAGCGCGAGAUAGCUUUAAACAUGAAGAACGGAACCGCGAUCAUAGCGCAUCUGUAUCAAGUGCAUCUUCUCCGCAGGGUUCAAUCCCUUCGAUCCCGUCCCCGCCGCCAGAGUCUCAAUCUCCGAUGGCCCGGCAUCUCUCUACGAGCAAGUCGAGCAGCCCCCCAACAGUGUCGACGCGGAACGCACGGGGGCAGCCAGCAUAUGCGUUAUGGACCACUUGCAGGGCUUAGUGAGCAGAGAGCAGUCAUGGGAGCUCUGCCUCGAGCUUUAGCUGAUAUAAGUGAAGCAAGCUUUUCGGCGUCAGCCUUGGAGAGCGCGCUGAUGUCAAAUGUCCCUGCAGGAGCGGGGUCUCGUCUGUCUGCAAUUGCAAGGAGCAGGUUUGUACGUGGGGUGCGGUUGUAGCAUGCCCCCUUAGACAGUCAUCUGACUGGUUUAUUAUUCUUUUCUAUCGAUGAGCUUUCUUCAAAGGAAUCUGUAUCACUAUCAUUCUUAUCAUAAGUCGUUUCCUAAUUUUAUCAACUUAACCUAGGUUUGACACAUCAGACUGAUGCCGUCCCGUGUUCUUAUUUUUGCUUCCACAUCAU